CCAGCCUACUGCUGAACGUGCAUGAUAGCAGUGAAGCAACAGUCUCACAUGCAAAACUCUGUCACAGUUUGAGAGAGAGUGAGUUUUAGAGCGAGAAAGGAACAACACAAACUCAUCAAUGGCCACCACCAUCUUGUACGCAUUAUCAGCAACUAUACUACUCUUAUCUCUAACUUCUGUAUCUAAUGCCUGCCCGCCUUCCGACCGGGCAGCUCUCCUCGCCUUCAAGGCUGCCCUCCACGAACCCUACCUCGGCAUUUUCAACUCCUGGAAGGGCAACGACUGCUGCCACAACUGGUAUGGAGUCAGCUGCGACCCUGAGACCCACCGGGUCGCCGACAUCAACCUCCGGGGCGAGUCCGAGGACCCCAUCUUCCAAAAGGCCCGUCGAACCGGGUACAUGACCGGCUCCAUUUCUCCGGCCAUCUGCCAGCUCACCAGACUCUCCAGCCUCACAAUCGCCGACUGGAAGGGCAUUUCCGGCCCAAUCCCGUCCUGCAUUGCUUCUUUGCCUUUCCUUCGGAUCCUAGACUUGAUCGGAAACCAGCUCACCGGCGAGAUUCCGGCCGAUAUAGGCAGACUGAGUCGACUCACCGUGUUGAACGUGGCGGAUAACCAGCUCUCCGGCACCAUUCCGCGGUCGCUAACCAAUCUAUCUUCUUUGAUGCAUUUAGACAUCCGCGGCAACAAAAUCUCAGGUACUCUUCCGAGAAAUUUCGGGAAACUGAGAAUGUUGAGUCGGGCUUUACUCAGCAAGAACAAGCUAAACGGGCCGAUUCCGAACUCAGUCUCAUACAUCUACCGACUCUCGGAUUUGGAUCUCUCCCUGAACCAGCUCUCCGGCCCGAUACCAGCUUCUCUAGGCAAAAUGGCAGUUCUGGCGACCCUAAAUCUCGACGGAAACCAAAUCUCGGGCCCGAUUCCACCAACUUUGAUUAGUUCGAGCAUCAGCAUACUGAACUUGAGCAGGAACGCCAUUGAAGGUUACAUCCCAGAUGCAUUCGGGUCGAGAUCGUAUUUUACGGUGUUGGAUUUAUCAUACAACAAGUUGAGAGGGAGAAUUCCAAAGUCGAUAUCAUCGGCGACAUUCAUCGGACACCUGGACGUCAGCCACAACCAUCUCUGCGGGCCGAUUCCGGCGGGGUCGCCGUUUGAUCAUCUUGAAGCGUCGUCGUUUGUGAACAACGAUUGCCUCUGCGGGAAGCCACUUAGAGCUUGUUGAUUAGGUAGAUAAUGUUUUCCGAGUGACUACUGCUAUUACUAUAAAUAUUAAUUAAUUACUCAUGUCCUAUAGUUUUCUGGGUUUUUAAUUAAAACUCUUUUAUCAUGUAAAA